CCAAGCUCUGUCGAUAGUCGCUGGAUCGACCUGCGCUGAGCUUCGACGACAUGAUUCGGUAUCUUAUUCUCGUAUCUGUAAUUCUCAACGUGGCCUACUCUGCGCCACAGUGGUAUGGGGGUGGGCAUCCUGGCGCCUAUGGUGGGCACGCAGCACCAGCUCCAUUGGGACCAGAUGGAAGAGUCGUGGACACGCCGGAAGUGGCCCAAUUGAAAGCAGCUCAUUUGGCUGCGUUGGCUGACGCGAAUGCGAGGGCACCCAAGGGACCAGGUCCUGCUGGUCCUUACCCCGGCCCUGCUGGUUCCUACGCACCUGGAAACUAUGCACCGCAUUACAGUGGCCCACCAGCACCAUUGGGACCAGAUGGCCGCGUGGUGGACACAGCUGAAGUGCAGCAGGCCAAGGCAGUGCACUUCUCGUUGUUCAACGCCGAGGCUCAGAGAGCCCCAGCUCCUCCGGGUGCUCCAGCAGGCCCAAGUCCAUCAUGGAACCCUUCAGGAGGCUACAACCCCUCUUGGAAUCCUGGAAACAAUUGGAAUCACUAUUAA